GGUUCGAACCCGGGUGAGUUUGCGGUCUGCCACGCUACUGGACGUUUACGGGCUUUUUUUUUGGUUCUGGCACGUACUGUGCAGUUUGCUUGCUUUUGCUGCAAAAGAAGAUGAUCAAACAAUUUAACAAUUGAUGACUCUGUUCUUUUGAGGAUGCGCAGGACUAUCGAUUUUGAUCAUCUAUGAAGCUUCUUACAGUUUUUCCACCAUUAUUUAUUCUCCUGUGCUCUCCUUUCCCUUCCAUUUGUUUAUUUUAUAUUAUUCUUCCAUUUACUGGAAAAUUUCUCCGUUAUUUGGAAGUCAGACGCAGCGAUCUGGUUGGGAUCGCUGAUCUGUACAGGCAAUAUUUUGAAGGAUCCAUCGAUUCUCGUUCGAUUAUUAGCAGAAACGAGGUGUCAUUCAGCUGCGACAAUCUAUACCUCAUCGACAACAUUAGAGAAUGUCUUUGUUCAAGAGACUUUUCUACAGAAAGCCGCCGGACGGGCUCUUUGAGAUUUCUGAGCGCGUUUACGUGUUCGACUCCUGCUUCUCAACAGAGAUUACGGAGGAACGGGCUUAUAAGGUGUACUUGGCAAACAUUGUUACACAGUUACAUGACCAAUUUAGGGAUUCUUCAUUCAUGGUAUUUAAUUUUAGAGAAGGGGAGAAACAAAGUCAGCUCACAGAGAUUUUGUCUCCGUUCGACAUGACUGUAAUGGACUAUCCCAAGCAAUACGAAGGGUGUCCCCUGCUCUCGCUUGAAAUGAUCCACCAUUUUUUGAAGUCAAGCGAGAGCUGGCUAACCUUGGAUCAAAAACAUAAUAUAUUGCUAAUGCAUUGUGAAAGAGGAGGGUGGCCUGUGCUGGCAGUUAUGUUGGCCGGUCUUCUUAUUUACUUAAAACAGUAUCCAGUGGAACAGAAGGCAUUAGACGCAGUUCACAGACAAGCACCCAGGGAGCUUCUGCAACAGCUGUGCUCUUUGAAUCCCAUACCUUCUCAGCUCAGAUAUCUUCAAUACGUAUCAAGAAGGAACAUUGGGACAGAAUGGCCCCCUCUUGAUAGGGCCUUGACAUUGGAUUGCCUCAUGCUUAGAGUCAUCCCCAACUUUGAUGGUGAAGGAGGAUGCAGACCCAUUUUACGUGUUUAUGGUGUGAACCCCUUUAGUGGCGAUGAUCGGGCAUCCGAAUUGCUCUUCUCCAUGGGAAAGAAGAAUAAGAAUGUGCGAUAUUACUCACAGGCAGAUUGUGAUAUUGCUAAAAUUGACAUCCGUUGUCAUGUGCAAGGCGAUGUUGUUCUUGAGUGCAUCAAUUUAGAUGCAGAAUUGGGACAGGAAGAGAUGAUGUUUCGGGUCAUGUUCAACACCGCAUUCAUUAAAUCCAAUAUUUUGAUGCUAAAUCGUGAUGACAUUGACACUUUAUGGAAUGCAAAAGAUCGUUUUCCAAAGGAUUUCAGGGCAGAGGUUCUUUUCUCUGACCUGGAUACUACUUCAUCGCUUCUCAAUGUACCAACAUUGGGGGGAGAGGAAAAGCAAGCUCUUCCAGUCGAUGCAUUUGCAAGGGUACAAGAAAUCUUCAGCAAUGUGACUUGGAUUAAUGGCAAAGAGGAUACUGCAAUUCACAUACUUAAGAAGAUAUCGACUUCAAGUCCUCUUCAAGAGAAUCAGGAGGCACUGGGGAAGCAGCAGAUAGAGGUGAAAUCACAAACUCAAAACAAACACGAGGACAAUGUCAAGGAGGAUACUGCAAUUCGCAUACUUCAGCAGAUAUUGGCAUCAAGUGCUCUUAAAGAGAAUCGGGAAAUACUGGCGAAGCAGCAGAUAGAGGCCAAAUUGCAGACUCAAAUCAAACAAGAGGACAAUCAAGAGAAUGGUUCAGACAAUUUGUUUUCUUCACAGCAAAAGGAAGAGAAUCAGGACAAACAGGUCAAACAGCAGAUUGAGGUGAAACCACCGACACAAAACAAACAAGAAGACAAUCAAGAGAAUGGUUCAGACAAUUUGAUUUCUUCACAGCAAAAGGAGGAGAAUCAGAACAUACAGGUGGAGAAGCAGAUUGAGGUGAAACCACAGACACAAAUUAAACAAGAAGACAAUCAAGAGGAUGGUUCAGCCAAUUUGUUUUCUUCACAGAAAAAGGAGAAAAAUCAGGAGAUACAGGUGAAGCAGCAGAUAGAGGUGAAACCACAGACACAAAACAAACAAGAAGACAAUCAAGAGAAAAUAAUAAAUUCUGAUUCAGACAAUUUGUUGACUUCACAACAAGAGGUGGAGAAGCAAGAAGACAAUCAAGAGGAUGGUUCAGCCAAUUUGUUUUCUUCACAGAAAAAGGAGGAAAACCAGGACAUACAGGUGAAGCAGCAGAUAGAGGUGAAACCACAGACACAAAACAAACAAGAAGACAAUCAAGAGAAAAGCAUAAAUUCUGAUUCAGACAUUUUGUUGACUUCACAACAAGAGGUGGAGAAGCAAGAGAUGCAUUGGAACCAAACAAAUCAAGCUGAGAAGCAAGAUAAAGCCUUAGCUUCUGAUUUAAAUUAUUUGUUGUCAGAAGAACAAGAGAAGCAGGAGGAUAAACAAGAGAUUAUAGUACAUUCUGAUUUAAAUGAUACAUCAAGUUCACCUAGCUCAACUUUGUUGGUGCAAGAUUUGUUUCCAGAAGACGAGGACAUAGAUUGGAAGGAACUCCAAAACUCACGUUUAUUACCUGGGCAGCCAAAGGCUUUAAGUCCAUGGACACAACCGCCUUUUUUAUCAGAUAGUAUCACUAAUGCUAAUGCUAAUGUUUCACAGCCACCAUCUCUACCUCCUCCAUCAAGAUAUCAUAGUGCACCAGCGGCUCUUGGAAUCCAUUCUUUAUUGCAACUGCGUGCUGCAUAUAGAAAUACUGUAGAAGUAAAUGCAACUUCUGCCCACAACCUUGUGCAUGGGAGGACUUCCAACUUACGUCCAUUUCGGCCUGGUUCCACUGCUCCUCCUUUACCAUCGCUUUCUCCACCAUUAUCUCUAUCAGGGAAAGAUUCCUCCUUGUCAUCUUCCUUAACUCCUCCGAAGACUCAAAUGCCACUUUCUGGUCCUCCUCAACUUGGAAGCAGUCAUAUAGCUCACAUUCCUACACUUCCUCAAAAUUCACCCUCAGUUCCUCCCUCUCUUGUUCAGUCAGGAAUUAAUACAGCAGCAAACCCUCCUGCCUCACCUUCCCCUUCCCCUCAUCUACCUUGCCUUGAAUCCUCCACUCAUCCACCCCCAUCCCUUUCACCUCAUUUUGGAGGUCAUGAACCUCCUUCGACUACACCCCUCCCUCCUCCUCCUCCCCCUCCAAGUUUUGGAAGUGUUUCACCCCCUCCUCCUCCUCCUCCUCCCCCUUCCCUUCCAAGAUCUAUAACUACUACACAACCCCCACCUCCUCCACCACCUCCUCCUCCUCCUCCUCCUCCCUUUCCAAGAUCUAUAACUACUACACCACCCCCACCACCUCCUCCUCCUCCCCCUCUAAGAUCUGGAACUGUUGCAUUGAUCCCACCUCCUCACCCACCACUGCCCCCUCCAAGAUUUGGAACUCCUGCAACAUCCCCACCUCCUCCCCCUCCGCCGCUUCCUCCAAAAUCUGGAUCUUUUGCACCUCCCCCACCACCACCUCCUCCCCCUCCACCGCCUCCUCCAAAAUCUGGAUCUUUUGCACCUCCCCCACCACCACCUCCUCCCCCUUCGCCGCUUCCUCCAAACUAUGGAACUUUUGCACCUCCUCCGCCACCACCACCUCCUCCUCCUAGAUCUGGAAUCGCCCCACCACCCUCACCUCCUCCCCCUCCAUUGCUUCCUCCAAAAUUUGGAUCUUUUGCACCUCCCCCACCACCACCACCUCCUCCUCCUAGAUUUGGAAGUGCCCCACCACCACCACCUCCUCCUCCUCCCAGAUCUGGAAGUGCCCCACCGCCACCACCUCCUCCUCCUAGAUCUGGAAUUGCCCCACUGCCCCCACCUCCACCUCCUCCUAGAUCUGGAAGUACCCCACCACCCCCACCUCCUCCCCCUCCACUUGUUGCAUUUGGAACUUUUGCACCACUCCCACCACCACCUCCUCCCCUUCCUCGAUCAGGAAUUGCUGCUCCACCUCCACCUCCACCGCCUCCUAGGUCUGGACUUGUUGCACCACCCCCACCACCGCCCUUACCUCCUGGAGGUGGAGUUCGUAACUCUCCUCCCCCCCCUCCACCACCACCAUCUGGAAAUAGUCGGGGAGCACCACCACCUCCUCCUCCUCCAAUUGGUCGAGGAGCACCACCACCACCACCUCCGCCAGUUGGUCGGGGAGCACCACCACCACCUCCUCCUCCUGGAGGACGUAGCAUUCCUCCACCACCACCAACACUACCAAGUGGGAAAAUGCCAAAUGGUACUAUUAGUCCAUUGUCUAGUCAAGCACCACGAGCUUCUGGGCCCCCACCUCCUCCUCUAGGAAGAGGACGAGUAUCUCCAGGAUUUGGAUCGCCUUCUCUUGCAACACCUAGACGCUCAUCAUUGAAGCCAUUGCAUUGGAUCAAAGUAACAAGGGCGGUGAAGGGAAGCUUAUGGGCAGAGGCUCAGAUAUAUAAUGAAGCAACUAAGCCACCAGAAUUUGACAUGUCAGAACUUGAAAGUCUGUUCUCUGCUGCCAUGCCAACUUCCGUUAAUAGCAGCUCAGAAAGAUCAGGAGGAGGUCGUGCAGCUCGAGGGGCCAAAUCUGAUAGAGUGCAUUUGGUUGAUUUAAGAAGGGCUAAUAACUGUGAAAUUAUGCUGACUAAGGUCAAGAUGCCAUUGCCUGAUGUAUUGGGUGCAGCAUUGGCUUUGGAUGAUACAGUCUUAGAUGUUGAUCAGGUAGACAACCUCAUAAAGUUUUGUCCAACAAAGGAAGAAAUGGAACUCUUAAAGGGUUAUAGUGGAGAGAAAGAGAACCUGGGCAAGUGCGAACAGUUUUUCUUAGAGAUGAUGAAAGUUCCACGAGUGGAGUCUAAGUUAAGAGUAUUUUCCUUCAAGAUUCAAUUUCAGUCACAGGUUGCUGACCUACGAAAAAGCCUAAAUAUUGUAAAGAAUGCAUCUGAAGAGGUCAGGCAGUCAGUCAAGCUACGGAGAAUUAUGCAAACAGUUCUUUCUUUAGGAAAUGCAAUGAAUCAGGGAACUGCACGAGGUUCUGCAAUUGGAUUUAGGCUGGACAGUCUUUUGAAAUUGUCAGAUACACGUGCUCGCAACAACAAGAUGACUCUGAUGCACUACCUGUGUAAGGUGCUUGCUGACAAGCUGUCUGAGCUCCUUGAUUUUUACAAGGAUCUUGCUCAUUUGGAAGCGGCGUCAAAGAUACAAUUAAAGAUAUUGGCAGAGGAGAUGCAGGCUGUAAGCAAAGGCAUGGAGAAGGUGCAGCAGGAACUGACAGCAUCAGAAAACGAUGGCCCAAUAUCUGAAGGAUUUAGGAAGACACUAAAGAGAUUCCUUAUUGAUGCUGAAGCUGAUGUGAAAUCUCUAACUUCCUUAUAUACAGAAGUGGGACGGAAUGCAGAUGCACUUGCUAUUUUUUUUGGUGAAGACCCUGCACGAUGUCCAUUUGAGCAAGUGGUUUCUACACUUCUUAACUUUGUGACAACAUUCCGGCGGGCGCAUGAGGAGAAUGUCAAACAAGCUGAAAUGGAAAGAAAAAAGGCUUUAAAGGAGGCAGAAAAGGAGAAAAAUAAAUUGUCUCCUACAAAAAUGGAAUCUAAACGACCAUUUUUGCCUUCUAUAAGGAAAAGCUUGGAAAAAGAAUGAUGAAGACUCUUUUGGCUAGUUUUCCACCAUGCAACUGCGUAUUCAUCAUUUUGAAUUUUGCAGGAAAGAUGCCCUUUUAUCCAUACAGUGUAUAAAGUCGUGCAUUUAUUGCAAAUUUGGCAAUUAUAAGAGAACACAGUGACCCACGUGAAGAUUGUACCUGUGGAAUUAUAAAGUUCCGUUAAGUUUCAGGUCACUGACUGCAAUGAAUUAUGCACUGUAUAAUCGGGCGAGAGACAAAAAAAUUAAGGGCAUCGAUCUUCGAGAAUAUAAGAUUGGAUGCUGUAUAUAUGUGGCCUUUUCAAGCAGAUUUUGGUGAUGCACUGCAGAGAAUUUGAUGUAGAGAUAACAGAAUUUAGUCUUGGAUGCAAAUCAACCAUUCAGACAUUUCAGAUGUUCAAAUAUCUAAAUGCAGGCGAUGUUUUAGGUUUCUUCUUUGUUUACAUUUGAGUACAGAGUACCAGAAGUUUUCCAACCCUUUUUCACUCUUUCUUUUGGCAGAUCCUGUUUCUCAGCACCAGUUCCUAUUGCUUCUUUGCUCGAAGCAUCUGUAUGAUUUUUACUUAAAAAUGUUCACUCUUUCAAGAAUCUGUUUUUGCUGGAGAACAUGACAGCUUAAAGAGGGUACCACAUCUAUUGACGAACAUUGCAACUGGAAGAGGUUUAUAGUGUUAUUUUUCGGUGCCCACGGGAAGGACUUUUUGACUGGCAGCUUGAGUCGGGAAAUAGCUUGCUCACAAGCUACAUGGACUUCCUUUUGUAACAUUUGUAAAAUUAUAAAUUAGAUGCUUGAUGCUGAAAGGUGUACCAUAGUAUUGUUUAUAGGGAAUUUUUUGAAGUGCCUGUAUGAAAGAAGAUUCAAUAAUCAUAUUGGAUCACCUUGUCAGGCUUACUAGGCUACAGGCAAAAUCCCAUUGUAAACAGAACAAUUAAAUAUGAGUAAAGGUUUGAUUUUUCCAGUCAAAUGUAAUCCUAGAAGCAAAAGUGUACAAUGGGGACGUUAUUUCUUUUGCUAA